AUGACGUCACCAGCAAUCUCAUCACAUCGUUUUACAUUACAACAAAAACCUCAACAAACUGCGACAGUAAAGUCGCAUGUUAUCAAUAACAAUGUUGUUGUUGGCAACAACUUUGGCGGCGGAAACAAGUCCCACUCCAAUAUCAUCUCGGCCACCAUCACCUCCAAUCUAGUCAACAUCAAUGUCUCCAACAACUACAACAACAACAACAAUAACAACAACAACAAUAACAUUAACAACAACAAUAACAUUAAGAUUAUCAACAAUAAUAAUAGUGAUAUAAUUAGACUAUCAUCAGAGAUUGAAGAUAUUAAGGACCCUUUGACAAAGUUGAUAGCGGCCUUAAAGACAUUUGGUGAUAUAAAGACAAGGUGUCAUGCAAAGAUAAAUGAUCUAUCAUCAUGUCAAGCAUUACUAAACAAUGUCUUUGAGGACAACUCAUCACUAAAGUCAUUCACCAAAGACAACUACUCCAAAAUCAAACUGAUCAUAUCCGGUCCAACUCACUCUGGCAAGUCAACAUUGAUCAACACAUUGUUGUCAUGUCGACAUUUGAUGCCAUCAGGUGGCGGCCACACUAGUGGAAGGAUAUGUAUACUUGGUCAUUCACAAUCGAUCAGAGUUAAGUUCUUUGUGGUAGUGCCUGCGCUUGGUGAUGCGCCAGCAUGUUUGAAAUGCCUUGACAAUGAGACAGAGGUGAUCGAACCCUUUGCCACAGAGAUCACAAUGAGCUCGAGGAAACGACUCCAGGAGUCGAUGAAUAAGCAUUUGGCGCGACCCGAUGGCAUUGAUGACAAACCCGAGGUGUUCAAGGAGUGGGCCAGCAAGAUUGUGAUGGUCGAGUUCCCAUCGGCCCUGCUCGAGACUGGUCUGGAGAUCAUCGAUGUGCCAGGCUACAGCAAGACGGACGACGCGUCAUUGUUUGGCAUCCGCAAGGACUUCUUUACAGCCUACAGCCCGACUGGAGUGGUCUUUUGUUACGCCAACUCGGCCGUCUCGGACGCAGAGGUGCUGGCCAUCCCCGACUUAAUGAACUCGCUGCCCAAGGACUGGGACUCCAAGGAGUCGAUCUUCUUUGCCAACACCAAGACGUCAAAGAGCGAGGUGGCCAUCAACAAUGGCAUUGGCCAGUACGACGAGGUGCCUCUCGAGCUCAUCCACUCGCACCAGGCGGCCUGCUACUCCAAGCUCAAGGGCUCCAGCCUCAACGUCACAAUGAACAUCGAUGAGCGACGCUUCGCAAUGGUCAACUCGUUAGACUUUAUCAGGUUGCCCAACUCUGAGGAGAACAGGUACAUCUUCACGCAUUUCGUCGACCAUCUCAUCAGGUGGAUUGGGCGACUGAGCCAGCGACAGUGCGACACGGUGCUCACCCUGAUCGAACUGGACUGCAACUUCAUGACGUUCAAGAUUCAAUCGAUUCGUCCGUACAUCAACAGCAGCAGCAACAACGUCGCGGACUUUAACCAACUGCUCACAGACUCUGAUGCACUGGUGACCGAUCUGGUAGCCAAGGUCACAAAGGACGUGAACUCACUGAUAGACACAUUGCCGCAUAUGGUCAAGGAGAUGUUCGUGGCCAGCAAGGAUUCGAUUAAUGACUACCUCGAGAAUUUGAGGAAGCUGACCAAGAUCGACCACACGCUCCAGUUCAUGGGCGUCGAGUUCCUCUUUGAACGCAUCAUACUCAAGUUGUUCAAGAUGAUCGAGGAGCACGUGUCAAGGAUCGUGGGCGCGCUCAUCAAGACCCUGCUGGAGAAGAACCCGGCCAACUUCCUGAUCAAGUUCGCGAUGGAGGACAUUGAGAGCACGGCGCGCUCUCCAUACGCCACGCUCCUCACCAAGGAUCUAGCGGGCACGAUUGGCUCGGCACUGUUUGGCAGCUUCCUCACAUACUUUACGGCGCCGGCCAAGACCAAGAGCCAGGUUCACAAGUUGGACCUCAAGACACUGAUCGAUCGAUACCCCAAAUCGAUCAACGUAGUCACAAUACAGGGCGAGAUGCUCAAGGCCUUGAUUGAGAAGUAUUUCAUGUUCAAGAAGUACCUCAAGCUGCAGCACAGUCGUCUGCUCCAACUGGUCACGUCGUCCAGCCUGCUGCCGACACUGAUGACUGUGUGUUUGGACCGAUACCACGCGCUCUACCUCGAGGUGAUCGCGCUGCACUGCAAGGUGCACUACAACUCAUUCGACAAUGCCGUACAGGUCGAUGAGACCAGGAUGGUGGCAAUGGGCGACAUUGGACCAGUGUACAAUGGAACGUUCAAGGAGCAAUCAUACUACGUACAGAUCGUUCGGCCCAAGCGUGGAGACAAGGUCACCCAAAACAAGUUAACGAUGCAGGCCAUGCUGGCCAACAGUGUCCUGAGCAAGGACAACGGUCUGGUGCCUCUGCAUGCUAUCUUCCAGCAGCACGUGCCUCGUGAGGCAUCCCUUGGCGUGGUCAAUGAGGUGGAGUGGCGCCUGGUCUUCAAAAAGUACAGCCCGCUGCUGCCGUACCUCAAGGACAACAUUUCGACGCUUACGAUGGAGCAAUCACUGACGAUGAUCACUCAGUUGGUCAGGGCGCUGAGCUACCAUCUGGCCCAGGGCACAGCUCAUGAGAACAUAAGACUGGAGUACUUGUUCAUAGACCUCAACACCAAGGCACUAUUCCUCUCGUCAUUCGGCACGGUCGUUCUGGAUAACCAUCGACAACCUGUCAUGCACCCAAUCAUCAAUAGGUACAUGGAUGGUUUGGGCGUGGUCAUCUGCGAGUUGUUGCCCAAGCGAAUGAUGAGGCGUUUCAGUGUGGAGGAGGUGGCGUCCAAGGCCAAGAUAACAACAGAAAACCUAGUACCAGUACAUAUACAUAUUCAUCUUUUGGAACUGAUACAGAUGUGCUUCAACAAACAAUCUACAAUCAAGGACAUAGCAUCAAAGUUGGAAGAUAUAACAAAAAUACAUGUAUAG